AAAAUCGCUUUAAGGUCCAACGAACUAUAAAAAUAUAAACAAUCCAGUAUAAACAAUCCUUAAAAUGAACGGAUCUGAAACCGCCCUUUGUGAUGACUACGAGCACCCAGAUAACCUGGAGUACAUAUUGGAAUCAGUGUUAAUGCCCAGCGAUGGCAGUUCAGAGUUUACAAGUUUGGCGGACGAGUACAAUUCUGUUCUUCUGAACCAAUGCCAAUGCAAUGGAGCUUGCGAAAAGAGUGAUAUCUGUCCACAUGGAGGUCAAUAUGAGUACCCAAAGGAUGGUCUAGAACUAGUUUUAAGAAAAUCCUCAAGUCCCGUCAUCGAGUGCAAUGAUUUAUGCAAAUGCAGCCGAAACACCUGCUCCAAUCGUCUUGUGCAGCACGGCCCAAGGAACAAUUUGGAAAUAUUCGACUCUCCAAUCUAUAGAUCCAAAGGUUUACGCACUUCAGCGAACGUUCCUGCAGGUGGAUACAUAUGCGAAUAUGCCGGAGAACUUUUAACCGCAGACGAGGCCAAAAGACGCCUGGAGAUCAAUGAGGAACUUGCCCUGAUGAACUACGUCCUGGUUCUGAAUGAAUACUCCAGCGAGAAGAAGCAACAGGUGACCAUCGUAGAUCCUUCUAGACGCGGCAACAUCGGCCGUUACCUGAACCACAGCUGUGAACCCAACUGCCACAUAGCAGCGGUACGAAUAGACUGUCCCAUACCGAAAAUAGGUAUUUUUGCAGCGCGGGAUAUACGGGCUCAGGAGGAGUUGUGCUUUCAUUAUGGCGGAGAGGGGCAGUAUAAAAAGUUAACGUGUGGAAAGACUUGCCUCUGCGCUGCUCCAACUUGCACCGGAUUCAUGCCAAACACUGCAAUUGAAUAGGAAAUAUGUUACUCCAAAGUUUCGAAACCAAGACUGUCUAAAUACUUGCCAUUUAAAGCUUA